AUGAAUAAAUUAAUAUUGUCAGCAUUGUUUACUUUAGUGAUAAUUGCUUACAUUGUGAUAGAUAUUGUUUUUAAUGAUGAAAUUUGGGAAGCUAGUAAAACAAUGGCUUUAUCAAUGUAAUAAACUAUUCCUGUUUUCGAAAAGUUGGUUUAUGAAUUCUUUACAUACAUUGUUUUCAUACCACCAAUUGCAGCGUUUUAUUGCUUCAUAUAUGAUAACAAUAAAUUAAACUCCUUACUUUAUUUAAGUGUUGUUGUAAUAAGUGUAACUAUGAAUGAAAUUUUGAAGAAUAUUUACCAUUAAGCAAGACCAUAUAUGAUUGAGCCUGAUAUUAAGAGGUACAUAAAAUAUACAUUUUAGUUUGAGAUGUAACUCAGAUUUUGGUAAACCUUCAGGACAUGCUCAAAAUUCAUUAGUGAUGCUUAUUCUUAUGCCGGUAUUACUUUUUCCAUCUAUAAAAUAAUUAAGAAGGCAUAGGGUCUAAGAUGAAUAUUAAAAGAGUAUGAAUUUAAAAUGAAUUUUAGAAAUUGAAAAAAAAGAAAAUCAUACAGGUUACACAAUAUCAAAUUUGGAUAAAUUAGAUCUUGAGGUAAUAAUUAUGAGAAUAUUUAGUAAAGAAUAGCAGUUUAUAAGAUGAUACAAUCAUUUAAUCAAAAAGUAAAAUUGCAAUCAAAAUAUUACUAAUUGCUUUCAUCCUUUUAAGUAUUAUAAUGACUGGAAUUUCUCGAAUAUUUCUUGGAGUUCAUUCAAUAGGAUAAGUGGUGUUGGGUUGGGUUUGGGGUUUAUAUAUAACAUUAAUGUAUAUUUUUGUAAUACAUUCAUCAUUAAAAGAGUAUUUAAUAUGUAUAAAUAAUUAUAGAUAAAUAUAAAAAUUGUUAAGUCCUUAAAAAAAUAGAUUUGCUGAAAUGAAUUAUUUAAUUCCUUUGGCAUUACUAAUUUUGUUAAUUAUUAUUGGAUUAUCGAUAGGACUGUUAAUAUUAAAUGAUAAAGUUUUCUAUGAAGAUUUGGAGAUGGAUAAAUGGAUUACAAGAAUAAAUGAAUGCACAUCUUAAAAUUACACAAGAACUUCUCCAUAAAUAUUAUUUAAUUCUUGUUUCUAAUUUACGUUAAUUGGAGCAAUUAUCACAGGUCUUAUAGUUGGUGCUGUAUUAGCUUAAGGUGUUUAUGAUGAAGGCAUCUUUAAUAAGUGGAGAAAUAAUAUUCCUUGGUAGUACCAUAUGAAAAGAUUGUUAUUACUAUUGUUUCCUUUUUUAAUAUUGAUACCCUUCUUGUUUAUCAGAUCUGAUAAUGUAAUAGUUGAGUCUUCAUGCAAAGUAUUAAUGUUUAAUAUUUAUUUAGACAUUUCCAAUGUCUUUUGGAGCAGGAUUUAUCAUUACUGGAGUCUACCCAUAUCUUUUAAGAAGAUUUAAUUUGUAGAUACCUGGAGAUUUUCUUUUUUUACAUUUGCGAAAAUAGUUUCCAAAUGAUCAAGGUUAUAAUGAUAUUUAGAAAUAAAUAUUUGAGUUUAGUGAUUCAUAUCGUUGA